UGGUCCUGCGAACCCUUCACUCGCUCAUCAUCACCUCAAACGCGCACUGCCCCGUAAAACACAAACCGAAACGAAAGUUCUGAAACCUUAAAAACCUCAAACAACAUCCAUCUAUUUAUCUGUCUGUGUCUCUGAAACUCUGUCCUUCAGGUAUAGCCAUAAACCUUAACAAUGUCUCUGACACAAAUAUCUUUCCUCCCUUUCUUUCUCUCGCUUAUUUUCCUCCUCUCCACCAUCACCACAACCACUUCCACUUUACAAAACCUCCUUCGAAGCCAAGGCUUACCAGGUGGUCUGUUUCCAAACAAUGUCAAGUCCUACAAUCUUGAUCAAAAUGGUCACUUAGAAGUGCAGUUAGAUGGUCCAUGCAUGACUAAGUAUGAGGCAAGAGUGGUAUUUGACAGCGUGGUUAGAGCUAAUCUUAGUUAUGGUGGGCUUAUGGGGCUGGAAGGACUUAUUCAAGAAGAGCUUUUUCUUUGGUUUCCUGUUAAAGGUUUUUUAGUGAACGAUCCAUCUUCUGGGUUGAUCUUGGUUGAUAUUGGUCUUGCUCAUAAGCAGCUUUCUCGUUCUCUCUUUGAAGUUCCUCCUGUUUGCAAGCCUCGAGAGGCUGAUCUGUUGGAGAAUCUUGGAAGGAAGAUGGGAUUUCAAGCUCAGAGAUGAGAGCAAAUUCAACUCCAUCGAUCAAAUUGAGACAGAAGUUUUCCAUUUUUGUUUCUUGUUUUUUUUUUUUUUUUUUUUGCCUGUAUGGAUGUUAUAUAGAGGGCUGUAAAAAGAAAGAAGGAAACUUGGGGGAUGAAAUCAAGGAAUCAAAUGACAAACUUGCGGGAUUUAUAGAAUCUUAUCUGUUAAAUAUUUAAUUAUCAAUGAAAAGAUAUAAAAGGAUUGUGAUA